UAUGCCUACACAUCAGCGACGAGAGAGUAAUCAAUUACAUGCAGCUAUUGGUGUUAAAUCACAUGGAACCAUUACUUUUGCUGAUAAUAAAUCAAAUCGAGCAGAAUUUAUUCGUAUUCCACCUGAUGCUUCUGUUGCACGUGUUAAAGAAUUUCUCAAUCGACAAUGGUGUAGUGAAAGACCAUCACUUGUGAUUUCAGUUACAGGUGGUGCAAAAGAUUAUCAUAUGAAACCAAAAUUAUUGAGAGCAUUUCGACGUGGACUUUCAAAAGUAACUCGAACAACAGGUGCUUGGAUUAUAACUGGUGGUAUGAAUACUGGAAUUAUGAAACUUGUUGGUGAAAUUGUUCAAAUAAAUCCUGAUCGUUCUCGUCCAAUUCAUUUAAUUGGUAUUGCUACAUGGGGUUGUGUAUCUGGUUUUGAACAAUUAGAUGUUCAUGGAGCAAAUGUACAUUAUGCUAAAUCACGUAGUGAACAAAAAGGCGAAGCACCACUUGAACCUAAUCAUACAGAAUUUAUAUUUGUUGAUGAUGGUAGUGAAAGAAAAUAUGGACGUGAGAUUCAAUUUCGUGCUCGACUUGAACAAGCUAUAUCAGGUGGUUUUUUUGCAACACGACCUGCAACCAGUUCUAAUAGUACAUAUCCAACUUUAACAAAAACACAAUCUUUACGUCCAGAACAAUUAGACCCAGUUCCUGUUGUUCUUCUAGUUGUUGAAGGUGGUCCAAAUACUGUUCGCACAGUCCAUGAAGCUGUUGUUCAAAAUAAUAUACCAGCUGUAUUUUUUGAAGG